GCGCGGCGGCGCAGGAGCCGCGGAGCCGGCACCGAGAGCGGCUGCGGCUGGAGCCGGCGGUCGAGACAAAGGCGACGGGCCAGUUGCGAGUUUGUGGACGUUUGACUGAAACCUGGAACCCAUAUGAGAAGAAACGUUCAAGGAACAACUUCUGUUGACAGUGAGUCUGCAGUCAUCUAUAUGCAUAAUAUGGAAUGUUCUCAACCCAGAGAUAGCUAAAUGGGUGACUCCGUUGACAAGCAGUGAUUACCUGUUAGAGCCCUGAGUCAAGACAACAAUUUUUAUACCUUCCUGGUGGUUGAGAAACGAGUCUCUGUGGAACGAGAAGCAAAGAAAGGAAAACAGAUUGACUUUCUUCAUUAAAUUGACUGUAUAAGAUACUUGACUUCCAGGAACAAAAAAACAGAGAAUCUUUUUUUGGCAUCAUUGGACAUUCAGCAUAUCGAGGAGCUUGCUUUCUGAAGCUUCCUGAGCCAAGAUUUGAAAACUUCAUUGGUGCUCAUUUAUACCGUGGACUAUAAGCAUGAGUGAAUUCUGGUUGUGUUUCAACUGCUGUAUUGCAGAACAGCCUCAGCCUAAAAGGCGCCGGCGGAUUGACCGAAGUAUGAUUGGAGAGCCAACAAAUUUUGUGCACACGGCUCAUGUAGGAUCGGGAGACCUGUUCAGUGGAAUGAAUUCAGUUAGCUCCAUUCAGAACCAGAUGCAGUCCAAGGGGGGCUACGGGGGUGGGAUGUCUGCCAGCGUGCAGAUGCAGCUUGUGGAUACGAAGGCUGGAUAGCCCCGAGUCCUGUCUCCCGUCAUUGUGAAUUUCUGUGUUUUCUCUUUUCACUCUUCUUUAAUUUUUUGUUGUUGUGAUUCCUUUUCAAAUACAAAAAAGAAGUGUGAUGGCAUCUUGUUCACCCUGUUGUGAUUUCUCCAGUGAGACGUUCUUGUUCUGCUCUGAAGCAGCUGUUGUCAGAUGAACCCUGCAUUUCCUUCGGCUGGUAUGCAUGCCUUUGGACUCACGGACUUCGGAUCGUGGCUUCAUUUUUAUCAAUUAUGGAUCGGAUCUUAGCAUGAUCUUUUUUGUGAAUGCUAGCACUGUUUUGCAUUUUUUUCCCGUUUUAAAUGUUUCUAUUUUCAUCUCCAGCCCUCUGCCUUAUGAAUUUGUUGGUAAGGUAGGACCUGCUAUUGUUAAUUUGUCACUGUUUCUGUAUAUUUUGGAAGGUAUGACAUCCACAAGCACAAUGAUCAUUUUUAUUCGUUUGAAACUUGAGCAGAAUAGAUAUCCGCAUGCUAUAUGAAGUUGCUUCGUCUGGGAGCCCAUGGGAAGCCAGAACUGAGUGUGUGUUUGCUGCUGUGGGCUGAGGGUAACUGCUGCUGUUACGGGGGAGAGAGGUUAGCUGUGGCACCAAGUCACGUCAGUUUCACACACAAAGGUAACCUGUAGCUUAUUUUAGAAUUAAAAUCUGGCAUUCAUAAGGUGUUCAUUUGGUUGUAAAUGUUCAAUAUAUUUAUUUUGAGAGUGAUGACCUGUGAGUUGUGAACAGGUGUGGUUGUGUAUCAGAGUGUUGUGGUGAUGCCCUCAUCCAGUCUCACUGUGUACUCAUUCUCUCUUGACUUACUUUAAGAUGAUGGCAUCCGUGUGUUUCCACUAACUGUUAACUCUUGGCCGGUACUACUAACUGCGGAGUCCUUGGCCUUUCCAUAUUCAGAGCUGUUUUGGGGCAGUGGAAGUGAACCCAGAGCAACAUAGUGACUUGGCCAAAUCGUUGCCAGUGAAAACAAUCUGUAUGGUGAUUUGUUAGGAUGUUGGUGAGAAACAAUUGCUCAGGCUCCAAAAUGUUUAUCCUUCAUAAAUUGUGUGUAUUUCAGAUAUUUCUGUAAGUACUUUGCCUUCUCUAGGACUAGGGCCUGGUGUACAUAUUCUCAUUAAAAUGUUUAAAUCCUAUGUCCAGUACAGUCCUAACUACGUUUAGUAGGAUUAAUAUUUUACGCAGCAAAUGGGACUUAGGUGAAAAUGUAGACAGCUAAGAAAUUAGGUAAUUGUUAACUUCGCAUCUUAGUCCCAGGUUCUUAUGAACCAGGUAACUGGAUAAAUAGUCGGCUUAUAUAGGCAAACCAGUGCUUCUGAACAGAACUGACCCAGUGCCGUGGGGCCCUGGCUUCCUCGGUGCUUGUAGUUCUACAGUUUGAGGCUUCAUAGGUGUCAGUCCCAGAGAGAAUCUGUCGCGGAAACAUUCAUGCUUAGUAAUAAAAACAAACAGCCAUCUUGCAGUUUAAUUUACUGUGUGGACACUGCGUUCUGGGAUUUGCUGAGGACCUGUGUUGUUCCUCUCAGCCACAGUCUGCGUCCUGCCACAGACACUGCUUUGUACAAAGUCUUACAAGACAGAUUGGAUUUUCUGGGCCUUGUCCAUAGUGAUCUUUAGUCUUUUCUGACUUUUAAAACUAGUUGAACUUUUAUACUUGUCCUAUAAAUCCUUCAUUGACAAUACAGGGAGUCUGCUCCUUUUUCUUGAACUCAUGAUUUGAUUUUAUUCCUUUUUUCUAAUCAGUAUCUUCUGUGUGGACCAAAUACUACAGUAAGUAAUGGAGCGUACCUCCAUGCUAACCCUGAGGCUACACUCUUGAGUGUGUAACUGACCUAAAGUAGCCACACUGUGUGCAAGAACAUAUGCCAAAUAAGGUGCCAAUAAAUUCAAGAAAUGACAGAAAAUUUUAAUACUAACCUUGGACUCAAAUUUUUCAGGGAGGCUUGAAGAUAGUGAAGGGUGGCAGCUUCCCCCCAUCAUCAGUGGGCUUGUCAGUCUUUGGCCAUGUGUCUUAUUUGAAUCUAAAUAAAUAAGAUUGACUGUUAGUACUUUGCUGAAAGACAUGUUAACAAACAUUUAGCGCAGGAAACUGAAUGAAGGUUUAACCAAUGCCAUGGAUUCUGUUAGUGAUCUGCAUUCUGUAAAAGAGGUGCUUUCCCAUGAUGGAGGCAUGAAGUGGUGCCAGUACGAAAUGUUCGCGAUGGUGAUUGGGGUCAGCAUUUCCAAUGCAGCAUUAUCACCUUUAAAGUGGGCCUUUAAAGAUAUUUUGUGAGUAUAUAUUAGCUUUCACUUUUGUUGUUAAAUUAUAGCAGUUACAUUAUAGAGAGCAAGUUUGCCUUGAUUUUAAAAUGACUUCUGCUCAGCACCCAGAAGAUAAAAUUGACAUAUUUUUAUAAUAUAAGCAUACUUUUUUUGUACAUUGUGUUCAUUCAGUGUUGGCUUGUAGAUAUUAUAAGAAAGUAUUGAUUUUGAUUCAAUAAAUGUUUUCUUUCCAUCCUG